AUGGCUGACAGAAGACGUAUCAACGGCCCUCCUGGGGCCACAAUGGCGCCAGUAUUUGAAGAUGACGCCGGUCAACCAGAGAUCAAGAACGGCAAGGGAAGAGAUCGGGCACCAAAUAUCAUUCGCAAAACGUUUCUCAAGACAGGCGUAACUCCAUCAGCUUCUGGUUCCGCCUAUCUGGAGUUUGAAGGGUCCAGCAAGAGUGGUGUCUCAGGGUUGAAGCUCAGCUGCACAGUCCAUGGGCCACGGUCUCUCCCAAGAUCAAGCCCAUUCUCACCUCACAUCGUUUUGUCAGCCCAUGUCAAAUAUGCGCCGUUUGCUACAAAGCAGAGACGGGGCUAUCUACGAGACCCCAGUGAGAGAGAUCUCGGCACCCAUCUUGAAACAGCUCUUCGUGGGGCCAUCAUUGCAGAUCGCUGGCCGAAGAGCGGUGUCGAUAUUAUCAUCUCGAUCAUCGAAGGAGACCAAGACAGAGAGACAUCAAAAUCUCAAGGAGAUGAGACUUGGGACAUGAUGAACGUGUUGAGUGGGUGCAUCACAGUGGCUUCAGCUGCAUUGGCAGACGCUGGUAUCGAUUGUGUGGACACUGUUGCCGGAGGUGUUGCUGCACUCGUUCAAGAUGCCGGCGAGGACUCAACGCCUAGGAUUGUCGUUGACCCCAUUCCGUCGGAUCACGAGAAGGUAUUGGGGGCUUGCUGCGUAGCCUAUCUGCCCACAAGAGACGAGGUCACCAACUUGUGGUUCAAGGGUGAUCUGCCAGCCGCCGAUGCUGGUCUGUACACGCAGUUGGUGGAGAACGGCAUUCAAGCUUCAAGAACCGCCAACCGGGUGCUUGUUGAGUGCCUGGGUGAAGCUACGAGCUAA